AUGGGUUAGUUUAAAUGGGCACGCUCACAUUAAUAUGUAUGAUAGUUUUCUGAAUUAAGUUCCACUCAGAUUUGUCCAUCAGACAGUGGAAGCGCUUUUCUGAUAGUAGGGGACUGAACAGGUAGUAACUGAGAUCAUUAAGAUCCUUGAUCUUAACAGCCCUGUAUUGGCAUCGACUGAUGCGGAAAAUCUUGCAGAAAAGGAAGAACAGACCCUGAGAUGUGCUUUGCUUUGCGCACCACCCUUUGAAGGGCCUCCAUUUUCAUGAAACUGAAGGUAUACUAAACUAUCAAUUAUAAUAAUUACUGUUUAAUAAAAAGAAUUAUUUAUUUUCAUGGCCAUGACUCUUGACUUGACCGAAUGUGAAAUUACAUAUAAACUUUAUGCUGCAAACAUUUGUUGUCCAGCUUCACUACAUGUUUUGAUCUCAUCCACAUAUUCUUUAUUUCAGUGAUCCUCAAGUUGAUUAGUGUUCACAUACCUUCAUAUAAUUUAAUGCUAAUUUACAUUCAGUGUAAAUACAAUAUAGUCGUUUCUUUAUUAGUGACGUCAAUAGGGGGCGCAGUUGUGCCUUUUUUUAGAGAAAUGAAAGUGAACCUGAUGAGGACAACGCUCUCGGUCUAUUGGUUUAAAGGCUUUACGACGUGGUGUUUGCGGUGCAUUCUGGGAAGGCAGGCAGAAAACACAGAGGCAUGGCUUCCUCUAGUCUCCUGUCUGAAGAGCAGCUGCUGUGUUCGAUCUGUCUGGACGUGUUCACUGAUCCAGUCACCACUCCAUGUGGACACAACUUCUGCAAAAACUGCCUUGCAGGUUAUUGGGAUAGCAGUGACCACUGCCAGUGCCCGAUGUGUAACAAGAGUUUCGAGAUGAGACCUGAUCUGUCUAUUAACACUUUGAUAUCUGAAACGGCUGCUCAGUUUAAGCAGUCAGUUCAAGCACAUACUUCUAACACUACAGAGAGAAAUGCAUGCGCAGACACUAAGGUGUUGUGUGAUGCUUGCACUGGGGUCAAAGAGAUCGCCAUGAAGUCAUGUCUGAAUUGUGGAGCAUGCUACUGCAUGAUUCACCUAGAGCCUCACAAGAAUAUUCAAAACCUGAAGAAACACAAACUAAUAAACCCUGUGGAGAACCUGGAGGACUACAUAUGCAAGAAACAUGAGAGACCCCUGGAGCUGUUCUGUAGAGAUGAUCAGAUAUGUGUGUGUCAGUUCUGCACUGAAGGAGACCACAAGAAUCACAACACUGUUCCUAUAGAGGAGGCGAAUGAAGAAUUGAAGGCUUGCUUGAAGAAAACACAGGCAGAAGUGCAGCAUUUGAUCCAGGAAAGGCUAGAAAAGACUGAAGAGAUUAAACAUUCACUGGAGCUCAGCAAAAAAAGCACAGAGGAAGAGAUCUCAGAAGGUGUUGAAGUCUUCACUGCUCUGAUUCACUCCAUUGAGAGAAGUCAGGCUGAGCUGCUGGAGCUGAUGGAGGAAAAGCAAGAAGUAGUAGAGAGGCAGGCUGAAGAACUCAUUCAAGAGCUGGAGCAGGAAAUCACUGUGCUGAAAAGGAAAGAUUUACAUUUGGAGCAACUCUCAAAUGCUAAAAACUAUCUCCAAAAAAUUCAGAUUUACUCCUCCAUGUGGAGCCCUCCACAUACCAGGAACUGGACUGAGGUCAGCAUUAACCCGGACCGUAGUGGGAAGACUCUAAGAACAUCUCUGUCUCAUCUUUACAAACAACUCAACAAUGAAAUGCAAAACAAAUGCAAAUUAAAGCAGAGAAGUCGACAGAAGGCAGAAGCCUUUAAUUACUUCAACGUGAAUUGGACUCAACUGCUGCUGCUAUUGUUCCUGCCAGUGGCCGUGUUCAUACCAAUGUCAAAAGCAAUAUGGAUACAGAUUUAUGCAGUGGAUGUGACACUGGAUCCUGAUACAGCAAGUAAUUUUCUUAUUUUGUCGGAAGACGGGAAACAAGUGAGGAGUGAUGAGUACGAAAUAAUGAAUGCCCCAUACAACCCAAAAAGAUUUAUUAAUGAUCCUUAUGUCUUAGCAAAGGAGAGUUUUUCCUCAGGUAGAUUUUAUUAUGAGGUACAGGUCAGGGGGAAAACUGAGUGGGAUUUAGGCGUGGCCAGAGAGACUAUUAAUAGGUAUAAUGAGGUUUAUCCCGAUUAUAAUGAUGGGACUUGGUCUUUGAUUCGAAGGCCUGGCAAUGAUUACAGGGCUUGUGCUGGUUCCUGCAUCAGGGUCACUGUGAAAGAAACGCUGGAGAGAGUGGGGGUGUUUGUGGAUUAUGAAGAGGGUCUGGUCUCAUUUUAUGAUGCUGAGGCCAGGUCUCAUAUCUACUCUUUAACUGGUCAGUCUUUUACUGAAAAACUCUAUCCAUUCUUCAGUCCAGGUUUUGCAUAUGAAGAUGUAAACACACCACCGUUGAUCAUCUAUGAUGGCUAUAAAUACCUGAUUACACUAAAACAGUUUUUCUCCAGGGUAACAGUACAGCGAUGGUUUUAAAGCCAAUGUUCGAUUGAUUUCAUAUUUUAAACUAAAUAACAAUCAGGCCAUAUAAAAUUAAGUAUCUUAUCUCUAACUACAAUUUAUCAUAACUAAAAACUACAAAACUACAUGUAUCUGCCUGAUCAGAAGCAUGUGGCAUAAUUAAUGAUUGACUGCUGUUCCAUACAAUGUAAAUAACACAUGCAGUGAUUUAAACUCCUACAGCAGAGAAAAAAACUUUUUUUUUUUUACAUGAACGUCAAGAACAAAUGUUGAAAACAAAAUUUUCUGCAUACAGCAGUAUUGUGUUUUUGCAGAAAGUGGCUUCAUUCAUUUUUAUUUGUAUAGUGCUUUUAACAAUGGAUAUUGUCUCAGAAGCUUUAUAACCACUUCACAGAGAUAAGUGCCUAUAAGCAAUUCAGCUUAUUUACUUAUUUUGGAGCACAUAGUAACCAUGUUGCUUUGCCUGAGAGUCAAAGCAGGAUAAUAUAACUUUACAUUUUAUUUUUUUACGGCCUUCUGAAAGUUUAUUUUACAAAUGUGAAAAACUGAGAAGAAAAAAAACUUCACUCAUAACAGUAGUGAAAAUUUUGCAUACGCUGUUACAGCAACUGAAUACUCUCAAUUUAUAAUUCUUACAGGUCAAAAAGUACCAAACAUAAAAACUCAAUACUAUCCAACUGAAUUGAACAAUGCACUAUAUAGUCAAUCGCACACUGAUAAACUGGAGAGACUUGAAUACUGCAUUUAAUGUUAAUUCCUUCAUUCCAGUGGUCUCACAAAUUCUGACGGUGUCCUGUUAGUUAAAAAAAAAGGACACGUAACCUUUUGCCUUUUUAAUUCUACGCAUGCAUGAGUACAUAGCAGACUGCCAAUGCUAUCAAUCAUUGCUACUGCAAACACUGAAAAGUCAUAUUUAAAGGUCACAGUGUGGUCCGGUUCGCUAUAAGGCGAUAACUAAUAUGUUACACAUUUACUUAUACUAAAUAGGUCAGGAGAACAGGAGUCUGUUACAGUAAGUUAUAUUACAGCAUUAUAUCUAAUAUUACAUUAAUCAUGCCACAUCACACAGUGUGUUCAGUUUAUAUAAUAGCAUAAUCAGUCUUGUUUUAUUCCCUACAUAUUUUGUUUAUGUUACUAAAAUGCUGUAGAAUGCAGUUCCACACUUCUACAUUGUUCUGUUUGUGUUCACAGCAAAAACGCCUUUUUAUAUAUUUUAUGUAUGUCUGUAAAACAUUUUUUUAUAAGUUGAGAAAUGAUUUACUUAGAGGAAGUAGGACUGGGAAGGAAAAAGAGAUUAUGAGAUGCAUUACUAUUUAUGUGUUGAUUCAAAUAGACUAUAUUUUCUAAAGCUUGUAAUAAUUUUGUACUAGUUUUUUUCCUUAUUUCUGUUGUGGUAGAAAAAAGAAAUAUAUGUAUAUGAAUAUGUAACAGUUAGGAAGCUUCUGCACAAACUUCGUCAAUGUUUUACUGUCUUGCUGAUGUCUUCUUUAUGUUAUGUAAAUGUUUGAAAAAUGUGCUACACCUGUAGUGCAUAAGGCUGUAUGAGAACAUGCACUUGGAGCCUGGAUGGGCAGCACUUCCUGUGGAUUAUCAUGAGAGACCCGAAAAAAAAGAGCCCGAUACUGACACCCACCACUGUCAUUACACACAUCUCUGAGGAGGGAAGAGCAGUGUCAAUCUUCAUGUCAGUUAUGGGUUUUUGUGUCAGAAGCUGAUCCCUGAGAAUGAGAAAUGAAUAUGCAUAUACAUGUAUGUGGCUUUGUGUAAAGACAAUAAAUUUAGGACUUUUGAAGAUA